AUGAGCACGAAGAGGGCGGCGUCUUCUGCGUCCCCAGUGGACGUGGGAGGAAAGCGGAGAUGCGUCGACGGCGGAACGACCACCAUAUCAUUUCCGGGGUACUACGUCGAUGCUGCGGUGUACGGAGACAAAGGGGCGAGGAGACAGAUGGAGGAUGAGCGUCUGGUGAUCUCAUCUCUUGCAGAGUUGGAGCCGUCUUUAAAGGGCCUUCGCGACUUCGCGGUGUUUGCAAUUAUGGAUGGGCACGGAGGCCGCCAGUCUGCGAAUUUUGUGAAGACGGCGCUGCCCUUAGAAAUCGCGAAGCAGCUGAAGCUCUUCCUGGAGCAGCAGCAGCAAGAGCAGCAGCAGAAAGAAGAGCAGCAGCAGCAAGGAGAAGAGCAGCAGCAGCAGCAGCAGCAGCAGCAGCAGCAAACCCAGACGCUACAACCCGUAAAGAGCGAGAUCGAUAAAAAAAUAGAUCCAGCAAACAGCAGCAGCAGCAGCAGCAGCAACAGCAGCAGCAGCAGCAGCAGCAGCAGCAACGGCAUCCAACCCGGCGAAGUGUCGGACUAUGAAAUGAAGCAUGUGCUGUACGCGGCCUUCCGCAAAGUUGAUUCUCGCAUAGCAACAGAGAUCCCUGCUUGUAGAGACGGCUGCACGGCAGUGUUUGUGUUGAUGCUGGGGCGCCAGGUAUUCAUUGCCGGCCUCGGAGACAGUGCAGCGUUUCUCGCGAGAAAGAGCGAGACAGGGCACUACGCGAUCCCUUUGACGGAGCCUCACCGACCUUAUUUGUUGGCCGAGAAGGACAGAAUUCUGAGGAUGGGCGGCACAAUCGAAGGCGGCAGAGUAAACGGCACGCUCGAGUUAACGCGUUCAUUUGGUGACAUCUCGUAA